AUGUCUGAGAGCAAAAGAGCCCCCGGGGCUGCGAACCACAGAAGCCGGGUCAUCAGAGUGACUGUCAAGACCCUCAAGCGCAAGGAGCAAUUUGAGGUGGCCGACAGCACCCGCGUCCAAGAGUUCAAGAAGCUGAUUGCUGACCGCUUCAAGACGCCCCCUGAGCAGCUGUCCCUCAUCUUUGCGGGUGAGAUUCUCAACGACCAGGAUACCCUCAUGCAGCUCAAGAUUGGCGACGGGUCCAAAGUCCAUCUCUUCAUCAAGUCUCAGAGGAAGCCCUCAGGCAACCCAGGGGACAAUCCAGCUACGCCCACCGCCUUCUCACAAAUGCCAGCAGCUCGAGAGUUCUCCUCAGAACACAGCCUGGACCUCUCAGAUUGGAGCAGCCAGCCUGAAGACCUGAUGGCCUCCUGCCACGAAAUUGUUGCCCAGACCACGGAGAACCUUUUGCUCCAGAUGGUCACGCUGAACCUGGAUGCCUCUGCCUUGAACAGCAACCCGCUUCUCCUGGGCUUCCUCCUUGGGGUCACCGGCAUGAACGUUCUGGACCUGAAUGCCCAGGAGGUUUCUGACUUUGUCAGCGAGGCCCAGGAGCAGGAUGAGACCCGGCAGGAGCUCAUCAUUGAAAUGAUGCAGCACCCCUUUGUGCAGAACCUCUUUGGGGACCCCGAACAGGUCAGGCAGAUGAUCCUGUCUGUGCCUCAGAUGCAGCAGCUGGCUGAGCAGAACCCAGAGAUCAACCACAUCCUUAACAACUCCGAAUUCCUGCGAGAAAUGAUCGAUGUGGCCACCAGCCCGGCUGUGAUGGAUGAGAUCAUCAGGAACCACGACCGAGCCCUGAGCAACCUGGAGAGCACCCCAGGGGGUUACAGCGCCUUGCAACAGCUGUACAACGACAUUGAGGUCCCAAUGCUGAACGCGGUGCAGGCCCAGUUCCAGGGCAGUUCGUUUCCUCCCUCAGACACGAAACCUUCCCCUGGGGGGAUCAGCCCCCUCUCCCGGACAGAGAACAGGGAGCCUCUGCCCAACCCAUGGGCGCCCCAGUCGAACAGCAGUGGUGGUGACAAUAUAUGUAACGGUGACAUCAGCAGUGCCGCUGGUAACAGCGCUGAGCAAGGUUACAUCCUGCUAGCAAACCCGGGGCCUCAGGCCGGUCCUGGAUCGUUCUGACUUUCGUAGGUUUUGUACCAGGUAGUCGAGUGCCUGUUGGACCUCAAGUACGUCUUGUAGAGGUUGCGGGACCGCUUCGGAUUACCGGGGUGAGUCUACAAGGAGUCAGUGACGUUGAGGGGCCACUCUUUACUGCGUGGAGGCGGAGUUCCCACCUGUGUCGAGCUCCCGUCCAAACUGGCCAAGUCAGCCUCUGCCCUGCUGCUGACCAACCCCCGAGCGGUCCAGGCUCUUCUCCAGUUGCAAAUGAGUCUGCUGGUUCUCACCAGGGAAGUCCCUGAUUUCCUGCAAGCCUUGACAGACCCAGAUGUUGACCCAGAAAGCAUGGAAGACUCUGACGAGGGGGAGAGCCCGUCUUCGGAAGCAGAGAGCUUCAUCUCCAUUGAAGAAAGCUUGGAGCUGGACAGCAACGCAUCCAAAGCAGACGAUGGCGACAAGGAGGAGGAGGAGGCGGAAGAGGAGGAGGAGGACAUGGAACAGCAAGGUCCAGAGGGCCUUUACCAGAUCCAGUUGGAGCAGCUCAGAGCGAUGGGCUUCCCCAACCAGGAACUGAACCUGCAGGCUCUUGUGGACACAGAAGGAGAUAUCGGUUUGGCAAUUGAAAAGCUAACAAACUCUCGUGCAUCCUAG